CCGGGUCCGGGUGAGGGCGCAGGUGGGCAGGGCAGGUAUGGCGCAUCCAGACACCACCUGGGAGAGCGAGGGUCUGCUGGAGCAGUUCUCCAGACUGUCCGCGGUCGCAGAGGAGGAUCUGACCCCAGGAGAAGGAGGUGAGGGCGGUGGAGAGUCUGUGGUGGAGGGUGAGGGCAGCGCCGGGAUGCUGUGUCUGAGUGAUGAGGUUCUGCUGGUGAUCCUGAGGUUCCUGGACCCCAUGUCUCUGCUGAGAGCGGGCAGCACCUGCAGGCCGCUCUUCAGAGUCUGCUCCUGUAACUCGCUCUGGACCAGACACUUUCGGGAUUCAUUUCAGGUCAGCCUUCCAAAUAGCACAGCUGGUUCUGUCGUCCCGGCCAAGACUGCUUUCCGCUUGGUGUUCAUGUGGAGAACUCUCUUCCGGAACAUUCACUGUAACCGCUCGCUUCAGGAGAAGCUCUUCACUGAAUUCCCCUUUCCGCCUCGUUCUUACUGGACCCAGUGGCUGGUGCUGGAGGAGCGCGUACCCCUGCCCUCAGCUAGGCUUUCAUGCAGUGAUGUGGAGAAGCUCUGGGGCAUCUCCAGAGACCUCUUCAAAGAGAAGCUUCAGGAGAAAGAAGAAGGUGACACCCUCAAAUUUGAAUGGAGGGAGUUGUUCAGCUUUGCCCUCAGCCAUCACGGCAGUGUAGCGAUGGUAUUCCAGCACGUUCUUGCCCAACACCAAAGCAGCGACCACUCUGAGCUGGAGUCUAUGUAUCAUCAGUACACACAGUGCCGGUUUCAGUGGCUCUUCACCUACUGGCUUUUCCGUCAGCCCUCGCCAUUGAACCGGCAGCUGCGGUCCAUCUUCCUUCAGUGGAGGAAGCACAGCAAGAAGAAAGUGGCUACGUGGGGAGAAACGUUGUGUGACGUGAGAUACCUCGCCUCUCUCCAUCCAAUCACUAGUGACUACUGGAGGGGCCGCCUGGCUCAGGGAGACGAGAACGUGGGUAUUCAUACAGUGGGAAACUACUUCUCCAUGUGCAAGUCACUGGUGGCAUGGAUUCUGGGCCGUGACUGGGGCAAAUUGAAGCGCAGAAAGGUUUAUGAGGACACUCUGGAUGGUGUGUACAUGCUCCUGAAGAGGGAGAUGCGGGAGAGCCUGGUAGAGCAUGAGCGCUUCUGGCAGGUGGCUAAAGUCCAGAUGAGCAGAGUGUGCACCUUGGAGGAGACGGCUACCAAUUACGUCAACUGGAAGAUGAUCGAGACGCUUCCGUAUUACAAGUUGUACUUGGUGUCUGGCAAUGGCGUCUACCUGGAGCACGUGAAGGGUUUUCUGCGCAGGAAGAGAAUGGUCCAUAACUGGAUCUUUCUAGAAGAGAACGCCUGGCUGAGAGAGCUGCUGCCAGAUGAGCUCUAUACCCUGCUGGAGUUCGACACCAAGAUCGCUCAAGGCAAUUUACAUGGGAACUCUGGCAGUGCGAAGCUGAGCAGACUGAUCUGGCUGUAUCUUCACUCUGGUCAGCAGCUCUAUCUGGAGGCGGUGAAGGAGCUGGUCCUGCAGUGCGCUCAAACCCACUUCAACUACCUCACUGCCAGCGCUCUCUCCCAGAGACUGUGGAGACAACCUGUGGCUUAGACCAGACCAGACUCCUCCCACCUCACCCUGGACCAACUGCUUUCUAAUAAGCCUAUAUAUAUAUUUUUAAAUGUUUUAAAGCUUUUAGGCAAACAAAACACGAUUUGUGUGUAUUUUUAUAAUCUUAAUUUUAAAUUUGAGAUUUUUUUAUUUAUUUUUUUUAAUUGGUCCAGUUUUUGUUUUUUUAUUUUUGAGACUGGACUUUAGUUUACCUUUUGCUUGAGGGUCUGUUUGAGAGGGCUACAGGCUUGAAAGACUGAAAUCACUUUUUUAUAUAUUUAUUUUUUUAUCUGCACUCAUAACUGCUAGAAAAGUUUUUUUUUUUGUGUGUGUAUAUAGAUUUUAGGUAAGGAUUUAAAUAAGGGCUAUGAAUAAUCUGCUGUUCCACCUAAAUUGCCUUUUAAUGGUUGUGAUGUUUUAGCUUUGAUAGCUGAUCUGGAACAGGGAAAACAA